AUCGGGACCUGCGUUUCACUAAGCUUUAAACAAUGGAGGAUGCGGAAUCAAGGUUCACUCACCUGCUGCAACCAAUCAGAGAUCUGACCAAAAACUGGGAGGUGGAUGUAGCUGCUCAGUUGGGGGAGUACUUGGAGGAGCUAGAUCACAUAUGUAUCUCUUUUGAUGGAGGUAAAACCACCAUGAACUUUGCAGAAGCUGCUCUCCUAAUUCAAGGAUCAGCAUGUAUCUACAGUAAAAAGGUGGAAUACCUUUAUUCUUUGGUAUACCAAGCUUUGGAUUUUAUAUCAAAUAAAAAGCGAGACCAGCAGCCGGCUUCUGUGGGAUCAGAUGGGGCAGACAAAGAUGCAAAUUUUACAAAACAUAGCGAGGAGUUUCUGGUCUUAGAUGAUGUUGAGGAUCCCAAGAAAACGAGCACGGACAUGAAGGAUCACAAUUUAAACCCUGUGAAUAUCGUUCCCCUAACACCUAUGGCUCUAGUUCCCCCUGAAGAGGUAGAAAAGAAAAUUAACCCUCUAUGCAGCCGAAAAGGAGAAAUUUUGGCCAGCAGGAAAGAUUUCCGUAUAAACACCUAUACCCCUCACACAUGUGGAGCUUUUUUGUUAGAGCUGGCGCUAAUGUCACCAACACAGUUUAGGCAGAGUACACAAAGGACAGAGGACAACAGCAAUUGUCCAGGUUUGAUGAAUGCGGAACAGGCAGAAAGGAAUGAAAACAUGGAAGAAGAUUGCGUUGAACCAGUGCCAGUGUUGAACUUCUCUGAUGCUGAUGCCCCACCAAUGAAUAAUGGGGAUGAUGUCUUUGUCCCACUAAAUGAUGACCAUGAAGUAGAAGAUGAAAACAUGGAGCCUGCAGAGCAUAUUGAACGACAACAGAUUCAAACGGAAGAGAGAGGCUAUGCUCUUCGGAAACGUGAAGUCAAGGAGAGACCCAACACCAAUAUCAAGGAUAAGCUUCUGGACCCAUGGCACAGUCUGGACCCAUUUCAAUCUGCUGAAGAUAAACCUUUUAAAAAAGGAAAACAUUACACAGUUCCUCGAGGGGUAAUAGAUGAUGAGUCCUCAAAUAAAAGAAAGAGGAAACUUCCAUGUAAGCUGCAGGAUUUCAUAAAGUGGUUUUCCAGUACAUAUUGGGAUGGAGCAGAAGCUGUAAAACAUAGGAGGAAAGGUCCAACAUUUGCAGAUAUGGAUGCAUUGUACUGGCAGCAUGCCAAGCAAAGGCUAGCGGUGCAGAGACAGAUCCAGAAAAGAAUGGGACCACUAGUUACCAAGGUAGCAGACUUAUUUGCUGAAGAGGAACCAGCUAAUCCCAUGGAGGAACCACGUGAAGAUAAUUAUCUUGAUCAUGAGGAUUGUGCAGACCUUUCUGACCAUGAAGAUUUGGGCCACACUAUUCCAGCCAUCUUGACAGAAGAACCAGGGUGUGAAAACAUUGAACCAAUUGACUUCCAAGACCAGAUAUCAUAUGAGGAAUUGGUGAGAAAAAAUGUGGAGCUUUUCAUUGCCAAUUCUCAGAAGUAUGCACAAGAGACAGUACUCUCCUUACGUGUGCGGGAGUGGGAGGAUAAAAUGGGCCCACAGCUGCACGAACAGGAAGAACGGGGAGCUUUUGAUAUUCAUGAUUAUGGCGAUCGUCUAGUUUCACAGUUCAACCAAGUAGGAGAAUGGCGCACCUUUGCAAGUCUAAUGGCACAGAGAGAGCCCUAUGAGGUGUGCAGGUACAUGCUGGCAUCCUUGCAGCUGGCCAAUGAUUACACAGUUGAGGUGGCUCAAAAGCCAGGGCUACAUGAAGGUGUCGAUACAAUGGCUCUGCGACUCCUCAGUCAACAAAAGGCUCAUGAAAGAUUCAAGACAUACGCAGCACCAUCUCUAUCACAGCAAUGACCACCAGUCUCUUCCCUGUGUUAAUUGUUCAGAUGUGACAAGCUAAUCCUUUUCAUAAAAAAACUCGUUACCAAAAUGAAGUCCAGUCAUACUUUUACUCGGCUGCCAGAA